AUGCUUGAGGACGAACGCUGGAAGGCCAGAGACCUCGAACCCGCAAAAAAAGUUCUUAAGGAGUACAGCAUCAGGGCGGUGGGAGAGUUGAAGAGGAAGACACACGGCGCUGCGGGAAGCAAAGAAUGUAAAAUGAAGCUCUCAGAACAUGUAGGUGGUUACGGUUGGGGAGAACUCUCGGCUUUUCUUCAAACUACAAAUAUUCAGCCAGUGUUGAGUGCAGAACAAACUCUCCACAAGAAAAUUCUUGAUAUAGCAGGCGGACAAUUGAGUGAGGAAAUAGCCCAUACAGGCCAGUUUUCGAGAGACGCAAUUGCGGUCAAGGCUUCAGACAACGAUGAACGGCAAUACGACAUCCAUAUUGUCCAGGGCCCCAGCGGCAGCGGAAAAACUGUGUAUGCCAUCAAUCGCUUGGCCUUUCUAUCAAAGAAGGAUGAUAAAGCGGACCUUCGCGCUUGCGCUUACUAUUCUCUGAGUGACCACGCUGCCUCUCACUACAUUCAAACAACGUUUGUUGACCGCAUAGGGGAAGUCUUGAAGGCAGCCCUGAAAGCGGGUAGCGAUGAAAAAUGGCAAUGGGACCCAAACACUGUGUUCACCCUUGAUGCGGUCAACGACCUUAAAAAGGGCCACCCCAUCAUCAAAUUGCAAGGAUGUAUUGGUGCUGUGAUUCAAAUUGUCAUCGGGAGGUACGCUGCUUUUAAUGGGAUUGGCAAGCUAUUGGAACGGCAGCGGAAAGCGUUGGCAUAUGCAGUUUUUCAUGAACUCGACCAGGACAACGGAACCGAUAAUCCUCGGUUUCCCAAAUUCGGCACACUCUCGUCACUAGAAGAAGGAGAACGAGUCAAGGUCAAGAGACAGGCUCAAGGCGUGAUGGACUUGCAUGUGGAAGUAUCCUCUGCCGAGGAUGUGCGUGUCUCAACCGAUUUUGUGGACGACGAGGCCAAGAAGACCAAAAGAUCCGUUUCCAUUACGCCAGCAAUGAGUAUGUUACUAUACAACCUGCUGGGGGUUGAUGCGACCAUUUAUGACAAUUGGGGUGGACUUGAGGUUACCACAGCGCUGCAUGCUGUGUAUCUGGAGACACUGAGCAACUUCACUACCCAAGAAAAGGGUGUGUGUCUCGCCCGCUUGACAAAAGCGGUGCCGCCACCAAAAGCGACGAAGCGAAUCCACAUCCCUUCUCAAGCUGACACUCGUACCAUAUUUAUAAAUGGAGAAAGGCGCCUUUUUGCGAUGUCGUCACCAAUUUCCGAGGCCUUCAGGCGAAGCACACGAAGAAUGGAGAAGAAUGUAAUCACUACCUCGGUGAGGAAUUGCAGAAAUGCGGUCUCCUGA